AGCGUACCCAAGGUCCGCCUACCGUUGGAUUCAACGGAAAGAUGGCGACUCAAACAGACCGCGGGGUACCACUAAGCACUCUUUCCCCUAAGUUCCUUCAUACCAACUCCACCAGCCACACCUGGCCGUUCAGCGCCAUUGCUGAACUCAUAGACAAUGCCUAUGAUCCAGAUGUCAGUGCCAAACAGUUCUGGAUUGAUCAGACUAUGGUGAAAGAAGAACUGUGCCUAACCUUUACGGAUAACGGGAAUGGACUAGACCAUCAGACCAUGCAUAAGAUGCUCAGCUUUGGGUACAGUGACAAGAUAGCGAUAAAUGGACUGGAACCUAUUGGAAUCUAUGGCAAUGGCUUCAAGUCUGGAUCAAUGCGUCUUGGCAAAGAUGCCAUCGUCUUUUCCAAGUCAAAGAGCACAUCCUGUGUUGGGAUGCUUUCUCAGACUUACCUGGAAAAGAUUGAUGCCAACCAAAUAGUUGUACCUAUUGUCUGCUUUGAAGAGACUGAAUCAGACAAGUUCCAUGUAAGAGAGGAACACGAAGCCAGUCUGCAGGACAUUCUGCAAUACUCCCCUUUCCGGUCAAAGGAGGAACUGCUUGCUGAGAUUCAUGCUAUCAGUUUGUGCUGGUCUGAAGAGAAAACAGAAACAGGCACACGGAUCAUCAUCUGGAAUCUCCGCAGGACAUCCACAGGAACAACAGAGUUUGAUUUUGAGAAGGACCGCUACGAUAUCCGGAUUCCCUCUGAGGUUUAUGAGAUGAUGAAUAAUCCUUCCCAACUCCCAGACAGGACUACUUCUUACAUCCCCGAGAGCGUUUACUCACUGCGGGCAUAUUGUAGUAUUCUGUACCUGAAGCCUCGGAUGCAAGUCAUGGUUCGUGGUCAAAAGGUGAAAUCUCAGCUCAUUGCUAAGAGCCUGGCCUGCAUCAGGAAGGACCACUACAAGCCCAAUUUCUUGAACAAACGUAUUCCUAUAACUUUUGGGUAUAACACCAAAAGUAAAGACCAGUUUGGUAUAAUGAUGUAUCAUAAGAAUCGGCUCAUCAAAGCCUAUGAGCGUGUAGGCUGCCAGCUUAAGGCCAACAACAAAGGUGUUGGAGUUAUUGGGGUCAUAGAGUGUAACUUUCUGGAUCCUACUCACAACAAACAGAGUUUUAUUGAGACUGAUAAAUACAGAAAAACUAUGACCAGUUUGGGGACGAAACUGGAAGAGUACUGGAAUGAAAUCCGCUACAGGAAGACCAAAGAGAACCCAAACAGCACGAUACCAGUAGAAGACACCAUGAAGCGACCAGAUCAGAACUGGGUGCAGUGUGACGACUGUUUGCAAUGGCGCAAACUCCCAGAUGGGAUUGACUGCAGCAAGCUGCCAGAUAAAUGGUUCUGCCGCAUGAACCCUGAUCCUCAGUUCAGGAGCUGCCAGGUAGAAGAGGAGCCUGAGGACUCUGAUGAUGACCAGCCAUCGUAUCGCAAGACUUACAAACUACAAGAAAGAGAAGACAGAAUGAAAGCAGAAAAGAAAAAACAGCUGGAUCUCAAACUACAGGAGCAGCAGCAUUUAGCUGCCUUGGCCAAGCAAAAUGAGACUCUUAGAAGGCAACAGGAAAACCUGACGCGGCAGCUGCAUCAAACCUCCCCUUCAACUCCUACCACUUUGCAGGGUAACUCGCUACAAGGAGUUGCUGCAAGGGACAAGUUCUCCACACAGCGUUCCUCCACCAAUUCACAAGCCGCAUCCAGCUCCUCCAGUAUCGGUGGGCUCCCAAUUAUUACAAGUGUAUGCUCACUCUCACUGAACUCCAACAGCGGAAAAAGAACCCAGCCUGGUCCUCCACAUAGUACGGCAAAAAGACCCAGAGUAAAUGGCUUUCAGCAUAGGACCUCUGACACGCCCUCAGCAGGAAAUGUGAGCUCCCCAUCUGUCCUUGCUCAUAGCAGCAAUGAUGAUGACGACGACACAGAUGAUGAUAUUUUCAUCUUGGAGACUGGAAGCACCCCCAAGCCUCAAAAGCCUGCCAUCGAUGUUAGAAGAGUGAAGAAAGAGAAAGAGGAGACUGAAAAUCCUGUCAGCAUGCUGUUGGAGUGCAGCGACGAUGCCGCUGUGGAUGAUCCCACAGAAACAUGCCCUGCAGCAUCUGCCACUGUAGAAACUGGUCCUCCUCCAGCGGUAGCCACCACCACCACCCAGACAGAAGUACGUGAAGUGAAACAGGAAGAGGAGAGUCAAACUCUAACUCAGGGAAAAGCGAAGGCGGCACUAAGCAAGCCAGGUGAAAGUGGUACAGAAAAAAGCCCAGACGUGAACAUCUGCAGCCUCAGGGAAAGAGAAUUUAAGCAAGAGAGCAGCAGAGGCAGUCAGAGUGAGAAUCAAGGAGAGGAGGCCUUGCAGAAUGGAGUGACACAUAUGCAAAAUGAUCAAAGUGCUGGACCUGCUUGUGCACAUGGCCGUGACACAAACUGUUCUCCACAUCAGUAUCCCAGUAUUAUGGCGGUACAGGAACAGCAAGACCAGCUCUUGGAGCUCAUGCAGCAGACUGCUCAGGAAAGAGACUCUUUUAAAGAUCGGGUGCAAAAACUCAACUCCCAGCUGCAGGACAUGCAGACCAGACUACAGGAGUUCUGUCAGAUGAAUGUAAAGAAGGAGUCUUCUCAUCAAGCCUGCCAGACAGAAGAAUCAGAUGUGAAGGACUACAAAAGCCUGUUUGAGAAAGCAAAACAAAAAAUUAAUGAUUUGAUAAAGGACAAAGAGGUCUUAUUGUCUGCUGCUGAGACCAGUGCCAAACUCAGUACGGCCCAAGAUAAGGAAAAGGAACUUGAUGAGAUUUCCUUGCAAGUUAGCUGUUUGGUGGAGAAACUGAAUGAAAGAAACAAGGAGAGGGAUGAACUGCGCUUACAGCUGGACAGACUGGAGGAGGAAAAGUCAAACCUGGCAGCUCAGUGUGAAGAGCUCCAGCUGAGCUUGCAACAGCAAAGGGAAAAUGCACAAUCUUCAAAAAGAACCAUUGAUUUUUCUGUCCAGGCGCGUCCAGAGGAGCCAGGAGUAUCAGCAGACUUUGGCACACACGCAAGCUCAGAUGCAUCCAGAAGUUUGUUGGAGCUCCGGCAGAACGUUGGGCGCCUUCUCAUCUCCUAUUUGCCUGCACUGGACUUAGACUUGCAGCAAGUGAAUUUUGAAUGUAACGUCAUUGAUGAGAUCCUUGAUCAAGUUCUCUCUAAUAUGGAUUCACAUUAAUUUGGAAGAAGUGCUGAAAAGAGCAGUGAAGUGCUACUUUUGGCUGCACUCUUAGAAUAAAGGUAUUCAUGGAUCCACUUAACCUAAAAAUUAAUAUGUUUUGUUUGGCUACUUGUGUCUGAAGCAACUUUAGGACUUGGGAUGACCUCUACCUGGGAGUCCUGUACAGAGAAUAUAGGGUAUAGUCACACGGGUGCAGAAAAUAAUGUAUUUAUUUGAAGGUAGACUGAUUUAUAUAUUAUAUCAAAAUAAGGUAACUUCACCUCUCUUUGCCAGACAUCCUCGUAGGCUCAAAAAUUUGUCCCCAGACUUUAAAAAAAAGAUCCAGAAUCAUUAUCCUUAGACCUGAACUGAUCCAUCUACUGUUGAGUAGCUGGGACCCAGGCCCAUGCCUGGUUUCUCUACUGACUUUUACGUAUAAUUAUGUGUUUAUUUUAAGGAUAAUAAUGAAACUGCAGCCUACCUAAUGAAAUGUUUGAAGCCCUCUUUUUCUGCUUGGCUCUCAUGCAUAUAAUCUUAUUUGCCAAGGCUCUCUGUAAGAGAUAUCCAGGUUUUUCUAAACCUGUUUGAGGCUUAGAUAAUAAUGUUCAGGUGGAUCUAUGAAGAGCUUUUUUUCUAAGUUGCUUUGCACUUUUUCCUUAACAAAGAAGCAAUAUAACCAUAAAAAUGACUUAUUUCCAUGACUGUUCUCUUUGGUUUGAAAUUGAGUUGAAUAAUUAAGUCAUUAACUUUGUUUACCAAUGUGUUACUUUGAAUGUGUAAAUAUUUUGUUAAAUAUAUUUUUAUAUUUCCA